UUGCUACUGCCGCCCAGCGAGCAGCACUUCCCUGCAGCAGACAGACGAUCCAGAGGCUGGGGGAUCAGUAAAGACACAACCCAACCCGUCUCAGCACAGCUCGGCACAGCCCGGCUCAGACGCUCGAAGAGAGCCUGGGGAGGGGAUACACUGCAACACAUUCACACACACAAACACGCACACGCCGGCGCGCGCGUGCAAUCAGACACACACUCCUCCUCUCUCGCUCUCGUUUUCUCUCUCUCCCUCUCUCACUCUGGUGCUCGGUUCUGCACUGCUCCUUCACUCAUUCGCUGCUGAUUCACUCACUCCCUCGCUUGCCUCUCCUCUGCCAGUCGCUCUGCCUUGCUGCGUUCUGCCUGCCUUCCCCCUGCCCGCCUGCCUGCCUGAGAAUGGUCCAGCCGGUGCCUAAGGGUCUGCUGUCGCGGCCUGUCUGAAUGCGCGCAUAAACACACAGAGCCAGUCGACACACGGAAGCUCACGCACACAGAACUGGAGAGCAAUGUGAGAGAGGAAGUGCCUUCCCUGAUGUCUGCUGCAGCUUUGACCUGCUUCUACAGCUGAAGCUCCAUCCCCCCUCUCCCCUCGCUCGCUCGCUUGCUGCCACAGUUUUAAGAGUAAAGGGACGACCACACCCCCGUUGCUCCACCAUCAGCACCCACUCCAAUAUCAGCCCUACUCACCAGACGACCCUCGCUGCUCACCACCAGCUGAUCAGCCUUACCACAGCACCACCAGGCCCCACAAACAGCAUUUCACCCACCUUGCCUUUCACCAUCGCCUUCAGCCCCUUAAGGCCUCUGUUCAGUCCUCAGUGUCCUUAACCUUCCUGAAGCAGACUAUACAGACUGUCACCUUUGUUGCCUGCUUCACUGCACCCAACCAGAGGGCUCUCUCUUUUGGAUGUUGCAUAAGAGAGUAAGCAAUAAACACAAACAGUGAGGAGGAACAAGUUGGUAGGCUAAGACGUCUCUUGGAUAUCGGACCUUUUGCCAGAUGCUGUUUGCAUUGGGAAAAUGACUCAUUAACGUCCACAGCAAACACUGUCCUGCAGCAUUUCACCAAGGCGUACUUUUCUGAAUGUUUCAUUUCAGCUUAUCACAAGCAGCAACCAUACCAAGGAAGACAUUUAAAACAAAGCAGGACAAUUGUGGAUUAAAACACUAGAAGUACUUUAUCCGCACUUGAACGUAUCUUUGCUAGGAACACCUUUUGCCUGUGUUUUGCCAUGGCCAUGAACAUAGCACACAUCCGUGACACAAAGUGGCUCACACUGGAAGUAUGCCGAGAAUUUCAGAGGGGCACGUGCUCGCGCUCCGACCAGGAGUGCAAGUUUGCCCAUCCGGCGAAGAGCUGCCAGGUGGACAACGGACGGGUGAUUGCUUGCUUCGACUCCCUCAAGGGCCGUUGUUCCAGGGAGAACUGCAAGUACCUGCACCCUCCUCCCCAUCUAAAGACCCAGCUAGAGAUCAAUGGCAGGAACAAUCUGAUUCAGCAGAAGAAUAUGGCCAUGCUGGCCCAGCAGAUGCAGCUUGCCAAUGCUAUGAUGCCCGGCACGCAGCUACCCCCUAUGCCCAUGUUUUCAGUGACACCAGGCCUGGCAACCAACGCCAGCGCGGCAGCAGCUGCUGCCGCUGCAGCCUUUAAUCCCUACCUGAGCCCUGUGUCUCCGAGCCUGAUGCCUCCGGAGAUCCUGCCCAGCACCCCCGUGCUUAUGGCCUCCAGCCCCACCGUCAGCCAAGUUCCCAAUGCUGCUGCUGCUGCAGCCCAGAAACUGCUGAGAACAGACAGGCUUGAGGUGUGUCGGGAGUACCAGAGGGGAAACUGUGCUCGGGGGGAGGGCGAGUGCCGCUUCGCUCACCCUGCAGACAGCACCAUGAUCGACACCAAUGACAACACCGUCACUGUGUGCAUGGACUACAUCAAGGGUCGGUGCACCAGGGAAAAGUGCAAGUACUUUCACCCCCCGGCCCACCUGCAGGCCAAAAUUAAGGCCACCCAGCAUCAGGUGAACCAGGCCACGGCUGCCGCGGCCAUGACUCAGUCGGCUGUCAAAUCACUGAAGCGACCCCUCGACGCAACCUUUGACCUGGGCAUCACCCCUAGUGUCAUGGCUCCCCUCCCAAAGCGGGCGGCUCUGGAGAAGGCCAACGGGGCCACAGCCAUGUUUAACACUGGCAUGCUUCAGUACCAACAAGCCCUGGCCAGCAUGCAGUUUCAGCAGCAAGCUGCUUUCCUCCCAUCAGGCUCAAUAUUGUGCAUGACACCUGCAGCCAGCGUUGUUCCCAUGAUGCACGGUGGUACUCCAGCCACUGUGUCUGCAGCCACCACAUCUGCCACAAGCGUUCCCUUCGCAACUGCCUCCACCAAUCAGGACUCUUCCUUAUCAAAGUUGACUACCAACGAAUACAUGCAAUUGAUUCCAAUAAUAUCUGCAGAUCAUCUGAGUAGUCACAAGUACUUGACUCAAAUGUAGUUCCUCUUAAGAACAAUCAAAUGAAUGUGUGCUGGCACCGUCCAAGCCAAAAGAGUUAAGCCUUUAUGUACAUAACCUUCAGAAUGUCAAGCAAUGGGACAAGGAGGGUCAGCCAUCUCUUAGCCUGUCCACAAUGAGGGACUCGUCACAUGUGUCAAGGGUACAACACACGAUCUGUGCCAUCUUCCCACAUAUCAAUAUCCAGAAGAAUUCGCCGUCAAAAUCGACGUCCAGCCGAGAAGAAGAGGAUGAGUUGAUGGAAACAAUCGCGUAACACCUCUGUGUCUAACUGAAUCAUACCACUCAGUUUGCUCUACUUGUUAUCAUAACUGCAUGCACAGAAGAUUAAGGGCGUUGUUGCCACAUGACAACAUCUAGUGCUGGUACGUUAACAGACCAAGAGUUUUCCUUCCUCUUUAUUGUUUCUUUUUUCAGCUUUAUUUUUAAUCAAUAGCCAUAUUUUAUAGUUUACAAGUGGAAUGCAAAUAUGCACCUUGAAUUUAAUUGAAAUCUGAAAGGCACAAUGAUAUUAUCAAUUUUUAUUUUUUUUCUUCUCUCUGCCAAAUGCAUUGGGCAUGUACAGUAUUGUGUUUUACGGCUACUAGUGAAACUAGAUGUUGAAAUGAGGGUCUUGGACAUAUGAAUGUUCUGGGUAAACCAACAUACCUGUGUACCUUGAAAGCACAGCCAGGCUAGCUUUUCUCACCUUGUCAUGUGCCAUCAAGGCCAUACAGCUAAAACCAGAGUGUUAUCUCAGCAGUGUUAUUUGUUUACCGAAGGUAAAACUUUUGUAUGGCUCUUUUUGUAUUGUUUUCUUUUAGAAUCUCCAUUCUGAGUGUUUUUUAUUAUUAUUAUUAUUAUUAUUUUAAUCUUCUUUUUUUAGAUUUCAUUAGGUUUGAAAGUGGGGUUUAAUUUUUUGUUUUGUUUUUUAUCAAAAAUGGAGAGUGUUUUUCUAAAAAUCCGUCACGCCUCCUUUAAUGAACCAGUUUUAUUUGUCAGGAUAAUUUGUUAAUCAAGUCCGUCGACUCUAAAGCCUGGGGAAGUAGAGGGAGUAGCUUUAAUUAGUGUUCUGUUACUUUAUUCCCUUCCUUUUUAAACAGGAGCAGCUCUAAAAACGUGUCUCCAAGAAGCACUUUUGAGCCACUUUUAAAAACAACAGGCCCAAAGGUCUUGUAGGUCAUUACAAGCCAUUCGUGCACUUCAGUUUCUUGGUUCACUCUGUUUCAGCUUGUCAUUUUUACUAUAGAGUGCUACUUGCAUUUCAAGUAAAAUAUGAAGCUUUUGUUGAUCUCACUAUGAAACCAAAGCACAGAUUUGCUCUUAAGUCUUACUCACAUCUAGGUCGAGGAUUAAACAGAUAAGGAAAUAUGUUAAUUAUCUUUCCUCCAUGUUCGUGUCGUACGAUUAUUUCCCUCUUAGGUCUUCACAGAAGCGUGUGCUGUGUUUUUACCAAUGUUAUGUACCUAACAAAGCCUUAGAUCACAAUUUAUGGGUCUGUACCCAAUCAAAUGUCCUUUCAAUCACCAUGCAGGUAAAAAAAAAAACACCAUCGAGUUUUAUACUUCACACAAGCCGCUUUUGAUCCUUUUUUGUUGUUGUUGUUUGUCUCUCUUUCUGAAACAAUUACUCUCCUAAAUUUCAUUGAAUUUAUGUGUUAUGUACUACUUAAGAAUUUGAAUCUAUUUGAGGCAUGUAGUUUUAGACUUUUUCCUUUUUUUUGCCUUACUAUAUUAUUACUUGACAACAUUCAUAUAGCCGUUGUAGAUGUUAAGAUAGUAUGACAUUCAUAACUUUUUCAAACCAUAUAGAGGAUAAUGUGUUUAAAUACUCACUUCAUUCAUAUAGCUGGAUGUCUUUCUCAUUUGUUGUUGUAUUUGUCAGUUAAUUUUAUUGAUGAGAAACUUUUUGAUACAAGGAAUGAGACGAUUGUCGGAAAAGUUCCGAUUUUCCUUGUAACAUGUCAAUGUCAUGUUUGAAAAUACUAUAUUGUAUUGAAAAAAAAAAAAGUGGAUUGUCCAUGUUUGAGAGAGGAAAAAAAUUAUUUUCUACUGUAUCCAUUUCAAAGAGAUAUGUAGUUUUGUUUGAAUAUUAAGUUUGCCCUGAAUGUCAGGCCAAAACGAGCAGUGAGAUUGAUGUUGAUGUUUGUUGAGAUUUGGAGUGAGGAAAGCCGAGACUUUUGCCCCCCCGCUGGGGAAGAGUCGGACAUGCUGCAGAUAAUGAGUUCUAACCUAAGGGACGAAGGUUAACUUUUUGCACUUCUGUAUAUAGUAAAAUAAACAGAGAAAAAAAAAAACGUGUAUCAUAAUGAGAUAUUAUUUUGAAUAAAAAGAAAAAUGAUCUAUAAUUAUAAGGAAUUUUGUUAGAUUAAUUUAAAAUUCUUAAAUCAGAAGACCAGCUAAAAUUCGCUUGCAAAGAAGGGCACUAGUUUCUUGGCCAAUGCAUUCAGAGAAAGCUAUGCGCUUAUUUUAUAGGUGGCUCGUAAUGCCAGGGAAUGUUGCAGGGGAGUGGAUUUCCCCGUGUCAUGCUAACUCUAUGCCUCUGAUAUGAUGACAUAUCCAUUAAGGUCCAUAUACUCAUUUACCGGACAAGCAGUGUCCCAUGGUACAGUAGAUAACUGAAUCUAUAAAAAGUAAAAAAUAUCUUCUAUUAUAGUUUGAUUUGAUUGCAUGUAAACAAAAGAAGCUGUGUAGAUAUAUAAGGACAGACGGCACUUUGAGAUCCACAAAACCUAAAAAAAAAUAAUAAUUAGUUCUUUUGUUUCUGAAAUCAUACAUACUGUAGAUAACAUCUACAGUGUGGAGAAAUAAUACUUUUAAAAACAAGUCAUCUUACUCAAGUAUUUCCAAGCAAACAAGUUAUUUAAAAAAAAUAAUAACAUAUUAGCACUUGUCCACCUCAGAUAUGUUCAGAUAGAGAAUUACAGUCCCCACUAACUCACAAGCAGUUGUUCUUGCUUUUCUUAGCUGUGCACUCAGCAGGCGAAGGCUCGUCAUACCAAAUGCAUAUUUGGCAAAUUCCUCUUUUAAAUGAAUGUAAAAGUCAGUGUCAAUAUGUUUCUAACUUGAGGCUGCUUUGUAUAGUCGCUACACAACCAAAGCACCAUUUUCUCAAAAAAAAAUAAUACAAGACUUUUCAAGUCUUCUGGCUGCAACCAAUGUCUUUCUUCUUCCCUGCUGGGUGCACAUGUUCGCUUUUGACUGCUUUUUACUUGUAAGCGCAGACACCAGUUAUGUAUUUGCUAACAGCUGUCACAUGAUGAUGUACUAUUCUGUCUCCAGAUUUGUUUAUGCUCAUUUUAUUGUUGCCAUAUUUGACUCUUGCUGUAUGGAUGAAAACAACAACAAAAAAAUCUGAAUAAAACUAUUUGAUUUGCUCAUGCAA